CAGACUGACAGAUAGCAGGCUUACCGGCCAUCUUCGAUCUCAUCCCCCCUGGCCUGCUGGCUCCCUCCUCCACCUGACUAUAAUAAGCUCCGCGGAGUCGACAGCCGAAUUCGCCACACAUUCCGUCGGGCGUCGUCGGUACUAGCCAGCACGCAGCCCGCAAGAUCCAGGCACCAUCUUUCUGCUGCAGCGGCAGCCUUGGCAGGCAGGCGCCAGAGAUCUCUCGGUUCCCGUGCUCGCCCGCGUGCCAAAAUGCAGCUCUUCCAAGGAGAGAAGCCGGCUCACGAUUUCCUCUCGCUCCACACCGGAGGAGGCUCGUCGUCGCCGUCGCCGGUGCAGCAUUCCACCCAAGGAUACGAAUUGGGGGUGCACAAUUCACUGAAGCCACUGAAGCUGGGCAAGCGGCGCGGCGGCGGCGGCGGCGAGGGAGGAGCGAUCGGCGUGGCACCGUCGUCGGGGUUGGAGGCGGACUCGGAGGAGCGUGUCUUACCGGGCGGCGUCGGGACGUUCAGCAUCAGGCAGGUGGCAUCUGCUGCGACUCAGUCGAGGGGUGGCGAAGCCGCCAGCCAUGGCGUCGUCGUCGUCAGGGGUGCCGCCGCCUUUCCUCCUGCCGUUCAUGUUUCCAGAACGGAGGGCCCGCCGCACGGAACAGAAUCGGGAGCCAGGGCUCACAGCGGUCCGGCCACAAUGUGGCAAGAUUCUGGCAUGGACCAAAGAUCCAGAGGGGCGAGAGGAGGGGAGGGGAGAAGCAGAAGCAGUGGCAGCAGCGCUGAUCAGGGGCCCAGCACGCCGAGAUCCAAGCACUCCGCUACAGAGCAGCGGAGAAGGACAAAGAUAAAUGACAGGCUCGAAAUACUUCGGGAACUCCUGCCACACGGUGAUCAGAAGAGGGACAAAGCAUCUUUUCUUCUUGAGGUUAUUGAAUACAUAAGGUUCUUGCAAGAGAAGGUCCAAAAGUACGAGUCAGCCCACCCACAAAAGAAUCACGAGGACUCCUCCAUGCCAUGGGCAAAAGUUUACUACAGAUCAUGCUGGAAAAACACAGAGAAUAUCAACCAAGGAGGAGGAUUAGCAGCUUCCACACAAGAUACGAACAAAGAACAGUAUGGUUCCAAGCAAACUACAGUGGCAUCGUCUGCUCUCUUUGACACACAAAGCGCUAGAGAAGCUAGUGCAAACGACAUUUCCUCCCAAAAGCCAACAAGCACAGCACAAAGCAGGGCAGACAACAACAUAGCUAGCAAACAGCUACCAUGGUUGAGCAUGUCAACCUCUGAUUCAGACAACAACAGAACACUGAGCAAGAACGAGAAACAAACUCUCCAUGAGGACACUCAAAGUCUUUCGGAUGCUUACUCUCAAGGGCUACUAAAUAGAUUGACGCAAGCACUGAAAAGGUCGGGAGUAGACCCAUCUCAAGCUAGUAUAUCUGUAGAGAUCAGUAUGGACAGAAGAGGAACAGAACCUAACAAUAUACGUGACGAUCUGAAGGAUAAUGAAUGUGAAGAUACUAUCCAUGUGACCAAGAAGCUUCGGUGCGAAAGAAGCUAGAUCUCUACCUCAAACUGAAAUUCAAACAAUGGCGACAACAGGCCAGGACCUCACCAAUCAAAUUCACAAUUGAUGCAAUUCUUUUAUUUAUAUUGCAAUCACAAUUAAAUUACUGACCUAAGCUUCCAUUCGGAUACAAGGGAAGCUGCUUGGGGAGGGGGUAGUCAGAAAGCUCCCCGAUUCAGACAUUCCUCAAUCCUCCUCAUUUGUAAAUGCGAUUCGGAUUGUAAAACAGUGUACAUGUAUUGCUCUCUCAAAAUUUGUCAAUUCAACAAAUAUGGUAGUACACUAGGCUGCAACGUCAUUGUAUCAACCUUGCACAGUUCAUCCAUUGAAGUGGUAACUAGACCUA